AUGACCGGGAGUGGGCGGGGUACUAUGAAGGGUAAAGAGAAGGCUCCUGGGCCUAGCCUACCAGCACGUCUACUCCGCGCCCACUCCCAGUCCAUGGUGGCUUGCGGAUCAAAAGCCGUCGUAAUUCACUUACGGGAUGCCCUCUUCCGCCGUCUCUCUGUCCCUCUUUUCCUUCUUUGUUUUGAUGAAGAGGAGGAGGGCGCCCAAGGCAAGGCCUUAGAGUCUCCCCAUAUCAACGCCGUUCAGGGUACCAAUGCUUGCUACCUGCUUCCCGUAUAUAGCGGACACCACGGACACCACGGACAAGGCGCCAUUGGUUUGUAA